AUGAAGUGUCAUUUUGACGUUAUUUUCGGAAAUAUUUCCAAAUUUGACAGUGAGGCCUCUUAUAUAAAAAUAUACAAUUUCAAAUUAAUGGAUGGAUAUGCGUAUCCUUAUCCCGGGUCGUUUUCACCCAUGCCACCCAUGGAGGGCAACUAUCCCGACCAUGGGGAUGGAAUGGGGGUAUACUAUGACAAUAUGAAUGAUGGAGCCGAGAGGAGGCGCAGUCGUUCAAAGCAUCGGUCACGCAAACGCCAGACGGAUAGAUCUAGAAGCAGCCAGAGAUCGAAAUGUCGUUCCAAAUCACGAUCCCAAUCGAACUCUAGGUCUCGGUCGUUAUCGCGAACGAGAACGGUCAGCAGGAGUGCAUCGGGAAGCAAGAAGGAUUUGAAACUGAACCAACCUGGAUUCUGGGAUGCGUUCAAAGUUUUGUAUUUAACACCGAGCAAGCACAAAAACAACACGCCGAAAUACUUGGCAACGAAGAAACGCCAGGACCGCAUCAAGGAGCUGAUGAAGAAGGACGGACUAGGCUCAAAGCGAUGGUUACUGUACCCUCGGAACGCGAUCCGCAGCGAGCAGGACGUUGUCUGCCGCGAAAACUGCGACCAGAGAAUCAAAGUUGACGGUGAUUACUUGAGGAAAUGCAAGAAGAAGAAGAAAAUCGAUCGCGACGCGCCAAUAGCGAAGCUGAAAAGAUGGGAACUGCUGUUUUAUGAGAAAUUGGGAUUCAUUCAAGCAGUUUAA